UACUUGGCCAAGACGGACGGCGAUGCGAGGCGGCGGAUCCCUGCGUGGUGGAUAACGGUGGCUGUCAACACAUCUGCCUAUAAGAGCAGGGCCGUGCACGCUGCACAUGUCAAAGAGGGUUUACUUUGGCUAACGACCGUGUUUCGUGUGUUGACCUUGAUGAGUGUAAUAUACCAGGCACCAGCAGUCAGCAAUGUCGGAAUACCUGGGGCUCCUACGAGUGCAUCUGCAACUCUGGUUACCAGCUUGGCACUGACAACAAGUCCUGUUACAUGAUCGACAUGGAGGUCAUUAACUCUUGUCUUGAAAACAACGGUGGUUGCCAGCACAUGUGCCAGCAGGGGCCAGACGGAGCCACUUGCACCUGUCACCCGGGAUACCAGCUACAACCUGAUGGGCGCUCCUGUCAGGAUGCGGACGAGUGUGAGGCUGGAAGCCAUCGGUGCCAACAAGAGUGUGUGAAUAGCGAAGGAGGCUACGCCUGCGCUUGCACACAAGGCUUCACAUUGAGCUCUGACACCUUCACUUGCCUGGAUGUGAAUGAAUGUUCAAUGGAGAACGGUGGAUGUGAGCACGAGUGCCAGAACACGCAAGGCUCCUUCACGUGUUCUUGCCGCAGAGGCUACGUUCUGGUCGACGAAGUCCACUGCGAUAUCUUGGGCGGUAACUACGACGUGGACUACUCUGGCUACAGCAUCCGAGGCGACCAGGACAUGGGUUCGACAGCCACAGAGGACUACUCGACGGUGCUGGACGGCGAGAUGACCAGAAACCGUGACACGUGGAAUGACGUAACUUACAUAAGAACAUAAGAACAUAAGAAAUAAGGGAAGCUGCAAGAAGCGUCCAGGCUUACACGUGGCAGUCCCUGUACGAAACACACCUACCUAUUUCCAUCUGUUAUCCCCAUCCAUAAACUUGUCUAAUCUUCUCUUA